CUGGUGCAACACGGUAGGAGAGUUGCGGUUUCUUUGGCGGGAGCGUACGCUUCGGUUCUGUGCCCUUUUUGGAGCCGAACGUAAUGGACCGGCGAGGCCAAAUCGACUUUGCUGCAAUGCAGCAGCAGCAGCAGGGCGCAGCGGCAAGGGACCAGGGCCCGUUUCGCCAGGGUUUGGCCACCUCUGGCACGGCCUCGCUCAGCUCUCCCCCAAAUACCCACGAGCCCACCGCUGCGUGCGAACCCCCUCCAAGUGGCCAAUCCAAGGAACAUGAGUACGGCUCACGCUUCGCCUCAGGCUUCCUGCGCUACCUGGAAAGUGGUGAUCUUGCGGACGUGGUUGUGGUUGUGGAAUCGGAGGGACCGGAGCAGCCGCAGCACACGGGGGCCGGAGCUACCACCUCGGGCUCCUCCCCCUCAGUCCAGGCAUGGGAGCACCAGGCCGCAUGCACCGGAGAGUACCGACUGCACGGACUGCUGCUGGCCCACCACAGCGCCUUCUUCGCGGCCGCUCUGGGCCAGGACCAUUUCGCCGACUCGGCCGCGCGCCGCAUCCGGCUGUCCCUGGACGCUGCAGUUGCGCCGCACUGGCCGGCGCUGGUGCGCUACUUCUACACCGACACAGUGGCUCUGAGCGACACGUGCGCGCUGCCGCUGCUGGCCCUGGCCCGUCAGCUGCUGGUGCCGGCUCUGGACGCCGCCUGCGCCGACUACGUGCGGCGGCGGCUGUGCGGCGGCAACUGCCUGGAGCACCUGCGCGCAGCGGUGCGGUUCGCGCUGCACGACCUGCACGCAGAGUGUGUGGCGCUGGCGGCGCAGGCCUUCCCCCUGCUGUACGCCUCUCCGGACCUGUGCGGCCUGCCGCCCGCCAGCCUGCUGGAGCUGCUCACGGCGCCGGGGCUGCAGGUGCACUGCGAGCUGCAGGUGGUGGAGGCGGUGGUCCGCUACCUGGCCAGCACGCACGUGGAGCCGGAGGCCGCCCGGGCGCUGUGCGCGCAGAUCCGCUUUCCCUAUCUGGACAAUGCCACCAUUACCCGGUUGGCUGUAGCAGCCGACCCCGGCAUAGGCGCAGUAGCAGCAGCUGCAGCCUCGGGGGCGGCCCCUGCUCCUGCAACCUCACCUCCAGCCUCGGCGGCGGCAGAGGCAGCAGCUGCCGGUGAUGCACAGGGCACAGGUGCAGCUGCUGCCUCGCCCUCCACCUCUGCCGCCGGCGCAGGUGCAGGUGCAGGCAGCAGCAGCAGCAGCAGCAGUAGCAGCCCGGUCCGCGCUCCAGCCACUGCUAGCGGCGGCGUGGCCGGCGGAGCUGACCAGGCACCUGAGGAGGCGCUGCCCAGCCCGCCCGCCGGUGCAGCUGGCACCCGACGGCCCGGCGGGAGUGCGGGAUCCCCGGCCGCACUGCAAGACGGCAGCAGCGGCGGCGCUGGUCCCAGGGACGGCGUCAACGGUGAUGCUGACGACCCAGACGAGGGGCUCUUGUCGCCCAGUGCCGAAACCUCGGCCGCCUCCUCGCCAGCCGUCAGCGGCGGCGGGGCAGGGCCGGCCGGGCAGGCCGCGGCGGAGGGGCACGCAGCGGCAGCUGCUGACGGUUUCGCCAGUGCCGCCGCCGCUGGCAUCGCCGCACACACUGCGGGAGUGCCGGUGACGGUGUCGGUGCCGGUGGCGGCGCUGGUGCCGCGGGAUCUGGCACUGGAGGGGGCGCUGGCGCGGCUGGCGGCCAUGGAGUUCGCGGGCAAGAUACCAGGCGGCUUCCAACCGCACCCGCACCACCCCCUGGAUGGCAACGCGUCCCCGGGGGCCCUCGCGCUCACAGCGACCAGCGCUUCACACCCGCUACCCCUCAGCAACGCCUCACCGGCAGCAGCAGCGGCGGCGGCAGCAGCAGCAGCCAGCCCCGGCCGCCGGCCCCUGGCCUUCUUCCGGUCUGUGGGCGGCGGCGCCGGGUCCGGGCCACAGGCGCACGCCCUCGCGCUCGGCCCCAACGUGUCAGGCGGCGGCGCCGCGGGCAGCCCGGCCGCCCCCAGCUCCCACCCACACCCACACCAGGCCCCCCCGCACACGCAGCACCAGCACCAGCACCAGCAGUCCGGCGCGGUUCCGUUCGCUGGCGCCGCCGGCGCCGUAGCGGGGGCGGGAGGGGGCUGCGACCCGGCGGCGGCGUACGCGGCGUGCUGCCUGCCGCCGCCGCGGCCCAGCUACUGCUGCGCGCUGGCGCACGGGCUGCCCGGCGGCACGGCCUGGGUGGACGUGGCGCUGGAGGCGCUGUGGGAGCACCUGGUGCCGUUCAUGGCGGUGCAGGUAUCGGGCUGCGGCGAGGGCUCGCCGGCGCAUGUGCUCAGUGCGGACCCGGACUGCUUCUUUGAGACCAACGACAGCGCGGAGAGCCUGCCGUGGAUAGAGGUGGUCCUGCCCCGCAACGUCCAUGUGCUGCAGCUGAACCGGUACUCCUUCAUGCACGGCCACCGCCGCGCCGGCUACUAUCGCGCACGCAACUUCAAAACCCAGAUCGCGGCGCGACCCGCCGUGGAACCGCCGCCGCUGGGCGCGCUGCAGCAGCAGCCGCAGUCCAUGCCGCUCACAUCAGCGCAGCAACAGGGCCAGGGUGGACAAGUGGCGCCGCCGUCGGCGCAGCACGGGGCCCCUGCCGCAGGCGCCGCCGGGGCGGCGGUCCGCGCCGCCACCGGACCGACCAGCGGCAGCAGCAGCAGCAGUAGCAGCAGUGACGCGGCGGUGGCACGCGGCUACGUGGAUUUGCCCACUCGCAUGACCGAGCAGUUUGACGUAUCGGUGCUAGGGGGCGGCGCCGGCGGCGCGGGGUGUGGCGGCGGGCUGGGCCCGUGGCGCUGCCUGCGGCUUCAGGCCACGGGGGCUCAGGAGGACGGCGUACACAGGCUGUGUGUGCGCGCGCUGAGGAUGUACGGCACCGCCCGUGUCGACCUCAUGCAGCAGGCGGGCGGCUUCACGGUGCAGCCGGCCUGGGUGCUCAACGCGCGCGUGGAACCCCACCCGUACCCGCACACGCACACGCAUUACCCGGGCGGCGCAGGCGGAGGCUACGGCGGCGGCGCGCCCGGGGGGGCUGGAGGCGGGGGCGGAGCGGCGGGGGGAGGGUACGGCGUGCCGCAGCACCACCACCCGCAGAACGGCGGCGGGCUGCUGCACGCCUACCACAGCUGGAACGGGUAAGCGGCUGCAGCGCCGGCGCUGGUGAUGCAGAGGAAUGCUGGGGAGCUGAUGAGUGCUGGUGACGCGGCAGGUGGCAGCGGGCCAGCGGCAUUUGGUGCUGGCGGUUUGCAGGAUGGGCAAGAGUAGGACGCCGGCCCGGGGUGUACAAAUACCGUAGGUGCCAGCAACGCUUACAGCAUGCGUAGCAUGCCGGCAAUGUACUGUGUACAGGUGUAGUUGUACUCAUAUAUGAGUUUUGAGUUAGGCUCCUACAUGCUUGACAGCGUAGGUGCAAGAGUGUGCCUGACUCAGCCCCGUGUGGGUCGAAACUCCCAGCCUUCCUUUAUGAGCGGCGUUCGCGGAUGUUAAGUUCAUUAUCCAGAUCCCAAGAAAUAUGUUGCCGUGACGAACUGGGCACGAACGGAUAUCUCAAUUAUGCGAUCCGGGAUCCAGAACCGAGAACCCACGGAACUUGACUGACGUGCUGGUGUCAAGACUGUUAACUGCAGGCGGCAAUAUCCUAAGUGUAAAGUGCAAACUGG